CGAUUCACUCGAUUCCGUCCUCAGUGUUCGUAGGUGUCGGUUGUGUAUCCGCCUCGUACAUGUUUUUUAAGAUAAAAGUAGUGCAAAUGGUUUUGUUUUGAUUUGUUUAUACUUUUCUACUUGGACAGAAGUAAGAAAGAAAACGUUCGUACCUAUUUGGUUUCUGAAUUUUCUUCAGUGACGAGAAUACUCAUACGCGAUGAUCGACGAUCACGUCCACAGGGUUGUCGUUGUGGUUUUCGGUCGUGAUUAGAAGAAACUUCGCCAAACGAGAUAAAUAAUAAUAAUAUUAUAGUUCAUUAUUAUUGAACGUGUGCUGCGUGUAUUUGUGUUUUUGAGUUCGAUUGUGUAAGAGAUUGUUAGUGUGUGCGCGUGUGUGUAUUACCGCUCACACUAUGGAAGGUAACGGGGUCGGCAAAGAUUGCAAUGCCCUCGGCGGAUUAUUCCAGCAGAUCGUCAUGGACCUGAAGAAUGGAACUCCAAUGUGGGAAGACUUCAUGGCAAAAGCCACAAAACUCCACACGUGUCUUCGAGCAACUAUUCACGCCAUCGGAGCUUAUCUAGAUGCGUUUCAAAAAAUUGCUGAUGCUGCCACUAAUGCCAGAGGUGCUACUAAAGAAAUCGGAACUGCAUUGACCAGAAUGUGUCUUCGUCAUAGAGCUGUUGAAGCUAGAAUGAAAACAUUUUCAAGCGCAAUAAUGGACUGUUUGGUGGUUCCGCUUCAAGAGAAACUUGAAGAUUGGAAGAAAACUAUUGUCAAUCUAGACAAAGAGCACGCUAAAGAAUAUAAAAAAGCAAGAGCUGAGUUAAAAAAGCGUUCUACGGAUACACUGCGUUUACAAAAAAAAGCACGCAAAGGUGCGAAAAUGAAUGAACUACACAAAGCCUUGCAAGACGUUUCUGAUAGAAAAGCUGUUUUAGAAGAAACAGAAAAGAGAGCUGUUCGUGAAGCAUUAAUCGAAGAACGAAGUCGAUAUUGUAUUUUUGUAACAAUUUUGAAACCAGUUCUCGAAGAAGAAGUAGCCAUGCUUAUGGAAUUAUCCCAUUUACAAGAAGUUAUGGAUAAAUUAGAAGCACACACCACCGAACCAUACUCUUUACCUCCAGCUAGUGAACAAGUGCUGGUUGACUAUAAAGGUAGUGAAAUGUCAUGGACACACCAAACACCCCCAAGUAGUCCCAGUUCGUUGGGUUCACGUAAAUCAAGUAUGUGUUCUAUCAAUUCAAUAAACAGCUGGUCUAGCGGCAGUACACAUUCACCGAGCCAUCAAUAUUGGAGCCGCUCACUGCUUCAGCCAGUAUCCAAUGAGCUACGUUACAAAGGACCUUUACCUCCUAGUAGAUUAUGCAGUGCUUCAUCUCAUGAUUCGGGGUUUACAUCCCAAGACACAAUAUAUACAAAACAACAAUCAUAUUCAAAGGCUCCUAACUCAUCUGAUUCCAAUAGUAGCAGUGCUGGAAGUAGUACACCAUCCACACCAUUUGCUAGUUCAGAAGGUGGAUGUGGCACAUGGCCCAAUGCUCAGGAAACAUUACAAUUUGAACGUGCAGCGUCAGCCAUUAUGAAUGAUGCAAGACCACACACUAUUUCAGGUGGUGCCCACCAUCUACGACCAGCCCUUAGCGCGUACACAUUUCAACCUGAUUCUUCUUCUAUUGAUAAAACUCCCGUUGUCUCACCACAAGACGAUUAUGCUCAUGUCCCCGAUGUCCCGUCCAGAGAUAUGCACAAAAGUUAUAAACCAACCUCACUAAAAACAAUUGAAUAUAUUCAACCAACAUAUGUUAAUAUGCAUGAACUAGCUAGUAUGGCUGCCAACAAAGCUCAAGAAAGAAAUUCACAGUACACUGAGCCUUCUUCAAUUGUAAAUUUGAAAAAUGAUGGAGAUCGAAAGGAAAGCACUAGUGAGAGUUCUUUGGAGUCUUCAAGUGGCUACAGUAGUCAAACAGCAAUAUCAAAUGCCACUCCAGAUGAAGGUUAUUCCAGUCUCAGAAGCGGUACUCUGUGUCGUCGUUCUUCAAUUCAAAGCAACAAGCCACCUCCACCAAUACGCCGUACACCAUCUAUCUUAAACAAUUCAGUACAAAACCUACCUCCUCCACCACCAUUUUUGCUGGAUAUUGCUACAGAACAACGGCAGCAAAGUCGAUCACAAACAUCUUUAACUUCAGAAAAAGUAUAUUCUGAACCCAUGACACAUCAACGUAAAUCAUCUGGUGGAAGUGUGGCUGAAACUGUACGUAAUCUAACACAACUUAAUCAUACACCUGCAAGUCCUAUUUUAUUGCGUCGCACACCCAGUAAUCGAUCAACAAGUGCUGAUAGAUGUAAUAGCCAUUCAACUGAACCAGUUACUGGGUUUAUGGCAGCUUUAGGCUCUAGACUAUUACAACAGCAACCUAAAACAACAGGUGGGUCUCCAAAAUUAGCCAGACGUUGGAUUGCUCCUGCCAGACACUCUGUUGUGGACCCAGCCACAUGUCAUGAUUCACUUAUGGAACAAAUAAGGAAAGGUAUGGUGUUAAGAAAAUCUAUUGCUGUCAAUGACAGGUCAGCACCUAAAACUAAUUAAGAAUUAAUACAUCAAAUUAAUAUUGUUUUCAUUUUGAAUAUUAAUAAUUUUCAUGAUUUUAUUUUGUAAUACCUAAUCAAUUUAAUUUAAAUAGUAAAUUCUAAUAUUAUAUUUAUAAUUUCAAUUUUUCACAUAGUUAUUGGAUUUGAAUUUAUUCUAAAACUUAAAUAAUCUCGCAAACUAUGAAAUCCAUGUUAACAUAAUUUGUCUAAUGGUUACUCUGUGUUAUACAAAUGUUUACUUCUAAAAAAAUAUAUAAAUAUAUUUAAAACUUAAAGCACGUGUUGUAAAACAAUAUGUAGGUUUUUUCUUAUUUCUUAUAGUUAGUGUUUUUUGACCAAGGUGAUAAAAUACUAUGUGUAAGCUCUAUAAAAUGUUUUAUGGAUAAUUUGGACUUGAGUUUAGUAUAUUAAUCAUUCCAGACGUGUAUAUUUUUUUUUACUAACACAUUCCUUUGUUUAUGGUGAUCACUUAUAACUAAAUGUUUAUUACAUAAACCAAAAAGUCUCACAUUUGGCAUAACAGAAUAAUUAUUCCGAAAUCUAAUAAUUUAGAUAUUAUUCUGUGUAUAUAAUCAAUUAUAAAUGUAUACACCUGUGUUCAUUAAUAAAAUCAAUUAUGUUCAGAAUUUCAGUUUAAAUCU